GUGCCAUUCGCUAUGAUAAGAUGCACUUAUAAAAGCAAACAUUUUCAGGGCGUUAACAAGCAUCAAGUUCAGUACAAUGGCAACCGUUCGAAAUACAAAACUGGGAGUCGCUUUGAUUCAGUUCGAUACAAAACCAAAUCUGAGACAGACAUUGAGACACUUGUCUGAAAUGGUGGAAGAGACCGUUUCAAUGUAUCAUCCACGAGUGAUUUCAGUCCAAGAAGGAUUCAAUUACUUUUAUCAAUCCGAUAAAAGUGUUUUCAAAAAUGCUGGCGAACCAAUCAACGGUCCAACCGCUCAGUACAUGUCGGAAUUGGCAAAAAAAUUCAAUAUUUAUCUUAUUGGUGGCAUUGCCGAAACGGACAAUGGCAAACUCUACAACACGGCUCUUGUAUUCAAUCCAAAUGGGGAAUUGAUCGCUCGUCAUCGUAAGGUUAAUUUGUGUGACAUUAAUUUUGAAAAUGGAACCAAACUCGACGAGGUCAGUGUUUUUACGCCGGGAAAUGACGUGACAGUAUUCAAAAUCGAUGAUAUCAAAUGUGGUUUGGCCAUUUGUUGGGAUGCCUGUUAUGAUGAAUUUAUCAAAAUCUAUCGAAAACUUGGCGUCGAAGUCCUAUUUGUUCCAGCUGCAUACGAUAUUAUGAGUGGCGAUAGAUAUUCCCUUCAUCAUUUCUGGGAACUUGUUCACAAGGCUCGAGCAUUCGACAAUCAAAUGUUCGUUGCUGCCAUUUCAGGUGCACGAAAUGAAAAGAUCAAAGAUUAUGUCUUGUAUGGUCAUACCAUGCUAAUUGAUCCACAAGGAAAAAUCCUUCAACAAGCUGGCAUCAAUGAAGAAAUUGUCUUCCAAGAAAUUGAUGUUGCAAUUUUGGAAAAAUUGGACCGGUUGCGGCGAAAGAAUAUGAGCACUUUGACAAGUCUUUUGACCUUCAUUUAUAGAUGGGCCGACUAAUAAUUCAUUUGUUAUCUACUUUGUAUUAUUUAACAUUUAUUCGCUUAUUAUCAAUAUACGUAGAAGAAUAGCUUUUUGUGAUCAUGAUGUCAAAAUAAUAAUCUCAUUUGUGUAUAAAAAUACAGAAUCUUUUUACUUUUCGAA